GAGAUCUAUACACACUCAUAACUGGCUAGAUUGUAUUGCCAUACUACUAUGUGGCCGGGUAGAUCAUAAAACACCCACCUUCUGGCCGGGUAGAUCAUAAAACACCCACCUUCUGGCCGGGUAGAUCAUAAAACACCCACCUUCUGGCCGGGUAGAUCAUAAAACACCCACCUUCUGGCCGGGUAGAUCAUAAAACACCCACCUUCUGGCCGGGUAGAUCAUAAAACACCCACCUUCUGGCCGGGUAGAUCAUAAAACACCCACCUUCUGGCCGGGUAGAUCAUAAAACACCCACCUUCUGGCCGGGUAGAUCAUAAAACACCCACCUUCUGGCCGGGUAAAUACUGUUAUGUGAUUUACAAACUUUAACAGUUCUAUCAAGACAUUUACUUAUAACGGAGAACUUCUGUUAUUAUUUUGUGACAUAAUCGUCCUUAAUGAAUGUGUAUAACAAAGUGUUGUUAUUCGUUGUCUGUGGACGGCCUGACAUUGUAAACAAGGUGAGUGAUCACACGUGACUACAAACGUACUGUGGUUUCUAUACAUACACAUAUAUUCUACAACAAAAUACUCCAAUUGGUAACAACCACCAACCAUAGGAUUUAGAAGAGAAUCGGGACUUUGUGAACACUCCAGAUUUGUAUUCCUAAUAUUGAAAAAGGUUUUUCUUUGUGAUUGUUUUGUCAGUAUGGAGCAAACUGCUCCACUGUGAAAUCAACUUUGGAUAGUCAAAAAGCGGUUUUGCAUAAUUUUAUUAAAAUGGCUACAUCCCUAUACAAAGCUCAGAUACCUUUUCGUAUCAAAGGUCAAAUCACCUGUACACACCACAAAGGGAGACAACUAGACCUUUACUGUGAAGAAUGUCAAGUUCCUGUUUGCAUCAAGUGUGUAUCUACUGUACAUAAGAGUCACCCUUUGUGUGACCUUAGUGAAAAUACUCAUCAAACUAAACAGGAUAUUCAAAGCUUUAUAGACAAAACUGAGAAAGUGGACCUUGUACAAAUCGACCAGUACAUCACUUCUACUGAUAAACAACUAAAGGACAAUUCUACCAUUUUUGACAAACUUUCAAAACAGUUAAAGAUACAAACAAACAAAUUAAAAGAAGAUCUGGACAUGCUAACAGCUCAGACUCUGUCUCUCUAUAAACAAAUGGAGGAAGAUAAUACCAAGCUACUCCAAACCUACAAACAGGACCUGGAAUCGUACAACACUCAGCUAAAACAUCAGGUGCAAGAAUGUAAGAUAGCCCUUCAGCGUGGCUCCGACAUACAAAUCUACGACACAGGAUGUGAGAUUCAAUCUCCAGUCACUCUCCCUGUAAAACCUGCCCUGAGUACUGCUAGCUUCAGUCCAAACAAAAAUCCUCAGGGUCACCUUGAACAAGCUUUGGGAGAAGUUAUCACAUCAGGCCAAGGUCAGGAUCAAGCUUUACGAAGUCAUGAACGGCGGUCAGUUGCAUCAUCUGCUAGACAAAGACCAUCCCUUUCACAACAGAGGUCAGAAAGAAAAGAAAGGACGCUCUCUAUACAACAAAUAUCGAAAGGAAGAAAGCAAGUGAAAAGUCCAGUAUAUACCCUGUUACCUCAGACCAAGGUGUUGGGGGAGUGGACGUCUCGAUGUUUGAUACAUUCUGUAUGUCCAACAACUGAUGGUCAGAUGUGGACCAGCCACCAUGACAGUAACACCUUAAUUCUACUGCACAGUAACGGCAGAGUAAUACAGGAGGUUAAACACAAUACUGACAUCAUGGACACAAGUCUGUCAUCAACAACCAACACACUGUGGGUCUGUGACAAAGAAAACAACAUCACAGAGCUCGUGUCAGGACGACUAGUACACAGAUUCAGCACCAGAGAGAAACCACAGUGUAUCUGUAUUACAGCUAAUAACCAUGCCAUUGUGGGGAUGGUCAAACAUAUCUCAAAAUUUACAACGAAAGGUAAAUUGGUAUGCUUUUCAGUGGCAACGGGGACUGGGGUGCCAUUAGUGUGUACACCAUACAGGAUCUCAAAGUGUCCUGUCACUCACAAUGUGGCAGUGGCUGAUUUGGAUGGUACAUACAAUGGUGGUCGAGGGAUACCAUAUGUUAUUGUCAUGGACACAGAUUUCAAGAAACUAUUUGUAUAUCGUGGUGAAGUCACCCGUGCAUGUCGACUAUUUAUCCCCUAUGAUGUGGUGUAUGACAGCGUGGGUAACCUUGUAAUAGCGAACGGUAUCAACAACCGUAUCCUACUUAUCAGUGGGCGUGGUGAGUUCCUCAGUAUCAUACACACAACUGCCAGCUGUAUACGGGCUGUUGGUGUAGACACGGGGGAUGUUCUGUGGGCAGUGUCUGGGAUUAACAAUGUCAAACUACUACAGUACAGCAGUAAGUGACAUCUUGACAAACCACAACGUGUAUAUAUAGUAACCACGACAACUGACACUGACAGGAUUAUGGAAGUUGUCAGGAUCACUUGAUAUAAACUAUGGACUAUGUAUCUCUACAAACAAGACAUAUAUUACAAUUAUUGGAAAAAUAAAUAUAAAAAGAUCUAAAGGUAGCAUAACUUUAUUGAUACUGCUUCUGACUUAACCUUCGGCGUUAGAGGAAACCCGUCGUUAGGCACAGCUAUUUGGUGAUUGAUACAUGGUGAUGAUGGAGUAACAAUUAAAGUCAUGUGACUUCAAUAAAAUACAAUAUUUUCACUGAAAUUAAUUUUUACUAAAGCCUUUUACUCUCUUUUUUAGUAUUUUUCUGUACACGUUGUUAUCUCCCUUCAAUUAAAUGCAGAACAUAUAUCUAGUUCAUUGUAUUAACUAUACCAUUUAACUUUUUUUAAAGCUUUUUAAAAACAAUUUUGAAUAAUUUGCAAUCAAAGUGCAGGGUUUUAAUAGAAAAACUGAA